AUGUCCACGUUCAAGCCCUACGAUCCCAGCGCCGACAAGCCAUCUGCCAAUGUCGACCCGGCAAAGAUAGCCCGCGUCGCGAUCUUCCCUCCCAUCGGCAUUGCUCGUGUCGGUGACUCCGGGACUCAAUUGGACGGUAAAGCCGAUGAGGCUCACCCCGAGAUCGAGUACUUCUACGGUCCUGAGGUUCCUGGCCUCGACGAACAUCCGUUCGGUUCGUUCAGGGACUCUCAGGGCCGCAUCAAACGACAGGCUGCACGUUUCCGUGUGUAUGCGUACGACGACCAGGGAAAGGUCCUUGGGGAGAUCAACAAUGCCCAUGGCUACAGCUUGACUUGGAAAGUUCACGUUGCCAACAAGAAGGCGGCUUACUUCCUCUCUCGCGGACGAUUGGGCCAAGUCAAUACUGAUUUGCGGAACCCGGAUGUUGACCCAGUGGACAAUGCUUCUGGCGACCCAUUCGACCUCUCUCUGGAAUCGCGCAAAAGGCUGAUCAUCGAUCCCGGACCCCAAGUGAUAGGCGGACAGAAGGGCACUGCCCCAGUUCCUCUGGACGGCAAGUUCCAGGGUUCCGCUCGUGAACCUAGGCCGGUGAGGUUGGGUGAGCUGCGCACGGACGAUCACGGCCGUCUAGUCUUCCUUGGCGGGAGCGGGCACUCGCAUUCGGUGCAGGUCGAUGAUAAUCCUCAGUUCAUCAAGCAACCGGACAUCAUCUCUGAGUUCGACAGUGUGGAUUACUAUGACAACAUGUGCGACGGAUGGGUGGAGGUCUCUGUUGAGCAUCCGGGCAGGCCUCAGCUUGCCGCUCAGAUCCCCAAGCCGCAUAGGGCGACCGUCAUCAGUGCCCCGCCAAAGUUUGCAUGGGGCAUCGAGUCGCCGACGUCGCUCUACGACAUUCUCGAAAACAUCUACAAUAAGCAGGUCAAAUACGAGGAGCACGCUGGGACCGACUUCUACAAGGAUAUCUGGCCGGUAGUGUCUGGGACGUACAAGCUCUCUUGGGUGAACGAGAAGGCGUUCCAGGGCCACGGGCCUGCAGGAUUUGGGAACUUCUGGCCUCAGGAGCCCCAGCUCUCCUCUACGGAGAUUCAGUAUAAGGCGCUACGUGAACACAUUUUCGGCAGGCUCCGCGAGCCCGACUACCGGAACAAGGACCAAGCCCAUGUCAUCUUCAUGCCCAGGCUUUCUGGUGAUAGAGGUGACGCUCUCGAGCCUGGGGUCGUGCCCCACGAGGUGUCUAUCCAGCGCUUUGCUGCGCUGACCGCGUUGCAAUAUGAACGCUUUAGAGACUGGAAGGAUGGCAAGUUCACGAAGGGAGCGCCCUUCACGAAGAAGGCAAUCGAGGAGUAUGACUUGCAAGAGCAACCCAUCAUGCUCACACGCGCGAUUCUCGAGCAGUCUAUCGGCGAUCCGCUGUACCCUGGCAUUGAGGUAUACUGGAUUGCCAAGUUGGCGGAGACGUUCGACACCGCCGUCAAGGGAAUCCAGCCGCCCUUCAGAGUCAAUCACGAUAAAGUCCUUCCAGGUUUCUUGUCUCGUGGGCUGAGCUUGCCAUGGCAGAGCGACUUCAGCCAGUGCAACACUUUCUGGUGGCCGUCUGCUCGUCCCGACGACGUUGCCGUUCCGACGAUGACACCUUGGAACCAGUCAAAGCCGAACGAGGUCCGCAAGCCGGCCAUUCCGACCAUUGUUGCGGAUCUUACUCAGAUCCCGCGCCGUAGUUGGACUGAAGGUUUGCGAGUCACGCCAGACGAUGUAUCGAGUGCGUUCUUCCCUGGAUGUACCGAUAUGGUACGAAUGUGGACUGGGCUCGGUUUCGUCGUGCGGAAUGACAGCGGACCUCCGAGUCUUCCGAUAUGGAUCGAGACGGAGCGAAACUUGCCUCGUGGCUACCGCUAUGCACCACCACCCGAGCAGACAUUGAAGCUCACCUGA